UCAUUGCCUGGCUCUUUCUUCUCUCUCAUCAUCAUACAAGUGUACACUCAGAAGAAAGAGCAUGGAAAGGAGUUCAAAGAAGACUAGUCCAGGAAAUAAGGAAAAUCUAUUUCAUGUUAUUCACAAAGUUCCUGCUGGAGAUGGCCCUUAUGUUCGAGCCAAACAUGCUCAGCUAGUUCAGAAGGAUCCAGAAGCAGCUAUAGUGUUAUUCUGGAAGGCCAUAAAUGCAGGAGAUAGAGUAGAUAGUGCUUUAAAAGACAUGGCAGUGGUGAUGAAGCAAAUUGACAGAAGUGAAGAAGCCAUUGAAGCCAUCAAGUCUUUUAGACGCCUUUGCUCGAAGCAAGCUCAGGAGUCUCUUGAUAACGUCCUUAUUGACUUAUACAAGAAAUGUGGGAAAAUAGAUGAGCAGAUUGAGAUGCUAAAACGAAAGCUAAGACUUAUAUAUCAAGGAGAGGUUUUCCAUGGAAAACCUACCAAGACCGCACGCUCUCAUGGCAAGAAAUUUAGGGUUUCUGUUAAGCAAGAAACUUCAAGAUUACUGGGCAAUUUGGGUUGGGCGUACAUGCAGAAAAUGAACUUCUUGGCGGCUGAGGUGGUGUAUCAGAAAGCUCAGAUGAUCGACCCGGAUGCAAAUAAGGCAUGCAACUUGGGCCUCUGUCUGAUCAAGCAGGCCCGGUUUGAUGAAGCCCGAAAAGUUCUUGAACAAGUAUUAGCAGGUGGAGUUCCUGGAUCAGAGGAUUGCAAAGCAAGAAAACGGGCAGAGGAAUUGUUGGUGGAAGUGGAGUCAAAGCAACCGAUGCCUGAUUUGUCGGAUCUUCUGGGUUUUAACGUGGAUGAUGAAUUUAUGAAGGGGCUUGAAGAGAUGAUAAAUGAAUGGGUUCCUUCUAGAUCCAAAAGGCUUCCCAUCUUUGAAGAGAUUUCUUCAUUUAGAGGUCAUUAUUCAUAGCCAAAUCUUCUGCAGAGAAGGGACAAGUUAACCGUAAAGAACUGAGGGACUUGGUCAUCCAAGCAAUAAAUGAUGCUUGGGGAAGAAUUGACUAUGCUGAGGCAAGACUUGAAACUAUCUACUCUAAAAUUUAAUUAUUUUGACGGAUUCAUAGUAUGCCUGACUGAAUUUUCUUUAUAAGCAAUUAGAACUUUAUGCAUUCAACCAA